UCGUUUACAAUAAAUUGUGUUUUAACCACAGCAGAAGAGAGAAACAGAAAUAAGAACUAUGGCGAGAGUGACUAAUGUUUUGCGCAGAGCUUACAAAUCUAUUGAAGAUUUGGAUUUGCUGAGAAUUUUGGAAUCUGAGCUCAACCACGAACUCUCCUCCAUGCGCUUCCAGAAUGAAAAAAUGGGUUCAUUUGGUGAUUUUGUGGUGGAGUGGGACUCUCCCAAUUCCCAAGAUGUGAUUCUGAGGAAAAAGUGUUCGUCGUCCGGGGAGGAAGUGGCCAUCUCGGCAUUGUUGGGCCGCGAUACUUUCCAUGAAGAUAGCAGGUUCCCUGCAGAAGCUUUGCUGAAAAUAUGUGUGAAAAAGCCUGGUUUGAGCUCUAUCUUGAAGUUUGAUUGUGUAGCGUCUAAUAGAGGAGGCACUCAGCCUGAUUUUCACAUUCACAACGCCCACUACAUUCAAUCGUCGUCUCUCAGUUCAUCGGUUUAUAGAGGGCCGUUAUUCAGUGAUCUGGACCCAGCUUUACAACAUGAGCUGAAGCAGUAUCUAGCAGCCAGAGGGAUUGAAGAGGACUUCACCAACAACCUCCUCCUCUACCUACACAAGAAAGAGCAAGGUCAAUACAUGGGCUGGUUACAAAAGCUAAAGGAGAUGAUGGACAGAACAUAACUGUCUUUCAAAAUUCACACCAAACACUGAUCUUGCUGGAAGUACCCCUUAGAGGUCAUUCCAAAAAUAAUGGCUUUGGGCAGAAUCAGUCGAGGAUAAGUUCCGAUUGUUGUGCAUAAGUAUCAUUAACUAAAUCUUGUCAACCUUUCCAUAUUAUUGUUGACUUACAUAGAAAAAGUAAAAAGUCAAGGAAUGCAACACUAUAUGGGGUAGACUUAGAGAUAUGGAAAUUCAUGACAAUGAAAUUGGGGUAGUCAUAGAGACCAGGGCAAGGAAUAUAUGCUCUUUUUGCCAUUCCUUGGAAAAUAAUAUUGCUCUUUGGUAUCACUGUGUUGCUUCCUUUGUAGAAAUAUGCUAUAUAUCAUGAUCUGCAUCUAUCUUGGAUAUUUUUUCGCUUA